AUGAAGUUGCACAUUCUAGUUGCAAUAUUCUGCAAUAGCAGCAUAAUUGUUGGUGGGUUUAUGGACGCAGAUUUGGCGUUGAAAUUUUUUAAAAGUCGCAGCUUGCAAUCCAAUGUUGUACUAGUGUGUGCACUUAAAAAUGAGCAAAUGGAGUUUGCGAGAAAAAUAAAUGCAGAAAAAGACACAGUAACAUCUGUGAAGCAUAUGGAAAAUCUAAAUGUGUUGAGUAAUCUGAUAAUGAAUUAUAGACGAGUGGGCAUUGUGGUGGAUGGUGAUUGCUUAGGGACGCCAGCUUUUCUUUUAAGGUGCCGAAAGUAUAAAGUUUUCGAUACUAAGCAUUUCUGGCUCAUCCAAUACAAUAGCAGCAGCUAUCAAAAUCUCUUCACCAAUGUGAACUUAAACGUAGACUCCGAAGUUAAAGUAGCAUAUCCAGUCACCAAAUCAGAUAUGUUGCGAAAGAAAUAUGCCAUUGAUGAGGUGUACAACAGCGCGUUCGAAAAAGGUGGAGUUUUGAAAAUGUCCAGAGUAGGACAGUACACUAUACAGAGUGGUUAUGAAAUUUUUGAGGUCCAGAAUAAGUAUUUUCUGCGAAGAAAUCUUACAGGGGUUCACUUUAGUAGUGUCGUAGUUCUGCCUGAACCUUUCGAUGAACCUUUAAAAAGUUACAUGGUAAAUGAUAAAAACAUCGAAGUAAACACGCUUAAUCGCUUUCAUGCCCGGCUGAUGCAAUACUGCACUGAAUAUUACAAUUUCAGCGUUUCCGUUGGCGUUACGAAAUCUUGGGGAUUUUUUAAACCUGAUGGGACAAUGGAUGGACUAGUAGGAGCUCUGGAAAAGAAGACAGCUGAUUUUGGAAUGUCGCCUCUAAUUGCCAAAGUCGAAAGAGCUAAGUUUAUUAGUUAUGGGAAGGGAACUUGGCCCUUAAGGAUGGCAUUUAUGUUCAGAAAUCCGAAUACGAAAAAAUCGUAUGAAAUAUUCGUUAAACCUCUUUCGACCCAAAUUUGGAUUGCCAUCAUACUUUCCUCAUGGUUGCUGACACUCGCCCAAAAGCUCAGUUAUGCAUUUAGUUAUGGUUUUCACCAACAGGAUGCAACAGAAAAUGUCGAUUGUUCUUGGGGCGUUUGUGUUAUUCGUACCCUGGGCGCAUUUUGUCAACAAGCUAUGUCUGAUAUGCCAAGGGAGUUGAGUGGUAAAAUCACGAUUUUCGUUACCCUUACUCUGGGAUUGCUGGUGUAUCAAUUUUAUUCCGCAAUCUUGGUUUCUUUCCUCUUAAACGUGCCCGUUAGUAUCAUAACUAAUAUCCAAGGCAUUUUGGAUCAUGGUUUUAGUAUUGGAUAUGAAAACGUUUUAUAUUCCAGAUCUUUAUUGGAGGUUUCCACAGAUCCAAUUACCAAAGAGAUAUAUAGACGAGUAUUAGCUAAUAAUAAAUCCGGAUUUCUUAGCCGUGAUGUGGGAAUGAACCUGAUGAAGGAAGGACAUUAUGCUUUUCACAUUGAACUAGUUACAGCUUAUCCUUUUAUUCGGAAGCAUUUUGAUGAAGCAAUGAUUUGCGAACUCAAGGAAAUUUUUUUGUUCCCAGCAGUGUUUAUGUAUGCUAAUUACCAGAAAUGGUCACCAAUUAAGGAUAUUAUGGAUGUAUGGUAA